AUGGCAAAAUACAUGGAAUUAUUGGAUGCAGGUGUCAGAAUAGCUGCAAGGUUUCAUUCCCACUGCCCACAAACUGCAAGAUUGUAUUACCAUCCUCCGGCAAGUCAAGAUGGUGGUCACCACCACCAUGAACGGUCCUCCCACAACCACCCUCUUGAUGGGUUUUUGGGUCGCGGCAUUACUGAUGAUUCGGCAGCUUUGAUGGGACGUUUUGGCUCCAAGGCUGGUGGUUCUGGGAUGAAUGAUUCUACUGAUUUUAUUCUUUACACUGUUGUCUCGUGA